CGCUAGUUCGGCCUCCUGGUCUCUAUUCUUCAUGGCGCUGGCAAUCUCCCCUAUAAUCUCUGCCCAGAGCCUCUAAUUUAGUCUAUCCACUUUGCUGAGUUUCCUGGGCGUGAGCGCUGCAUCUCGGUUCUUGGAUGAAUCAGCAAUCAGUAAAAGGAGUGGUGAAACCUGUAAUUGAGAAAAGUAAAUAAUUAAAAUGUCGAGAAUUGACGAUAAGAAGGAUAUGGGCACAGGGUUUCGUAAAAUUGACGUUGAUGAAUUUAGCGAGAAUAAUUUUAAAGAGGAGGAGGCGGAUGGGGGAACAACUGGACCAACCGGCCCCGAUGAAAAUGAAAUCAUCUCACUACUUAGCCAAGGAAAACACUCAGAAGCACUGAUUUAUGCUCUCAGAUCGGCUCCACUCGAGUGUAAAAAUCAGCAAGUGAAGGAUCAGGCAAGGAAUGUGACACAAAAGGUUCUGCUCAGUAUAAAAUCCCACCAAAUGGACGAAAUCCUAACACAACUAGACAGAGAUCUAAUGGAUGUGUUGAUGAAAUACAUUUAUCGUGGUUUUGAAAUACCCUCGAAGGACAGCAGUUCCCACCUACUCACCUGGCACGAAAAAGUAUAUAAUAUCAAUGGAAUUGGUAGUAUUGUAAGAGUGUUAACUGAUAGUAAACGCGCAUAACGCAGUGGAUAGGAUCGUCUUAAUGGCUGUCAUAAUAAAAAAUCUUGAAAUUUACAAUGAAAACGUUUCUCAUCGUAAUGGAGGAACAAUUGAGUUUCUUACAAUUUUAGUCAACGUUACUUUUUUCUUUUAUUAUCAUAUAGGUAUAAUAUAUAUAAUUUUUUAAACAAAGAAUACAAUAAAUGAUAACAUGACGACGUAA